AUGGAACGACUAUCUACUAAUCCAUACAUUCUCCAGCGUCUGCGCCCCCAUGCGAAUGAGUUACCGUUUGCUGUCGAUUCAAAAAUCGUCCAGGAACUCACGGGAUCGACGCUACCGUCGCUCCACAAAGCAGGACAUCUCUUCCUCGCAGACCACAGCUACCAGAAGGAUUAUUUCGCCCAAGAGGGCCGCUAUGCUGCCGCUUAUCAAGCCCUCUUCUACCUCGACGACCAGUCCCACCAAUUCUUACCGCUCGCUAUCAAGACCAACAUCGGCACGCAUGCCAUCGCCGAGAUUAUCCACCUAGCUGCCCUUCGGACUAUAAGCAGCCGUCAUCCCGUCUUUGCCCUUCUCGAACGGUUAAUAUAUCAGGCCUACGCAAUCCGCCCGAUAGGCAAUAAGAUUCUCUUUAACCCCAGUGGUUUAAUUAAUCAGAACUUUGCCUUCUCCAACGUUGCCAUUCGAAAAUUUGCGACCGACUUUUAUCCUACUAUCGCCGGCCCAGUCCGUUCGAAUUACUUUGAGGCCAAUCUCCGCUCGCGCGGCCUACUCAACGUAACCCAUAGGCCUGACUUGCCGCAUUUCCCGUUCUAUAAAGACGGCGCUAGGAUCAUUAGGGUCAUUCGCACAUUUAUCAAGAGCUUCGUCAAGUCGACCUACAAGUCCGACAAGGUUCUCGCCAAGGACUGGGAGUUGCAAGCUUAG